GGGCAUGGCGGGCGCCGCGUGACACCGUGGCGGGCGCCGCCGGGAGCCGGGCCAGCACCGCCGGGAGCCAGGCCAGCGCCGCCUGGGGCUGCGGCCGCGCCACCGAAGGAUCGGGCGAGCGCCGCCGGGGGGCUGGGACGAGAUCUGAAGCAAAUCAGUGAACCAGGUGAAGAUCCAUCCAUCUCGUGGUUUGGUGAUGCGCAACAACCAGUCCCUGCAGAUAAAAAAGGUUCAAGUGCGGAAACCCCUUGCCAACAGAGAAGAUGGGUCAAAGAAAAUUAUACGUGCAAUAUUACUUGGACUACUGCCAUUAUAUAUGGAGGAGAAGAUUAAUUGCUGGUAUUCUUGUGUGUAUGGCAAUGCAUCUGUAUAGGAUUAAAUCAAGAAAAAGAAGAAGGGCCAUAACUUAUGCUCCCAUGAUAGAUAGAGAUGUUGAUAGAUUGGUACGUCUAAAUCGUUUAUAUCAUGGUACUGAGGCCCAUUGCAUAAGUGAGUUGCAUAUGAGGAAAGCUGUCUUUCAUAAACUAUGUGUUGAACUAAGGUCACGUGCCUUGCUAGAGGACACUUUUCAUGUGACAAUAGAGGAACAAGUUGCCAUGUUUAUCCAUUGUGUUGGGCACCAUUGGUCAAACAGAUCAAUUGGUUUUGAGUUCAUGAGGAGUGAAACUGUUAGUAGGUAUUUCCAUCAUGUUUUAGAUGCCCUUUGUACCCUUGGUCGUGACCUCAUAUGCAUCAGAUCUAUUGAGACACACUCAAAGAUAACAAGUUCUCCGGGCAGAUUUCACCCUUACUUUGAGGGAUGCAUAGGGGCCUUGGAUGGUACACAUAUACCAGCAUGUGUACCUUUCCAUAUGCAAGAUCGGUUUAGGGGUAGGAAAUCAUAUACCACCCAAAAUGUGCUAGCAGCAGUUGAUUUUGACCUAAGAUUCAUAUAUGUUCUUGCCGGAUGGGAGGGCUCAGCCCAUGACUCUUAUGUGCUUCAAGAUGCUUUAUCACGUCCUAAUGGGCUUAACAUACCAGAAGGCAAAUAUUUCCUAGCUGAUGCUGGAUAUGCAGCAAGGCCUGGUGUAUUACCCCCAUUCCGUGGUACCCGAUAUCACCUAAAAGAGUAUAAGGGGACUAGGCAGCCGGAGAACCCGAAGGAAUUGUUCAAUCUUCGUCAUUCCUCUCUUAGAACUACUGUUGAACGAGCAUUUGGUACCCUCAAGAAUCGUUUUAAAAUCUUCGCAAGUCAGCCAUUCUUCCCUUUGAAAACACAAGUCAAAAUUGUAAUGGCUUGUUGUGCGCUUCAUAAUUGGAUCUUAAUGGACGGUCCUGAUGAGUUCGUGUAUGAUGAUGCUGCUCCGUACAGAGUCCUGCCACGAAGUAUAAGAAACCGUAGUGAUAUACAACAGGAAAAUGUGGCAUGGGCUAGAAAAAGAGAUGAUAUUGCUCAAAGGAUGUGGGAAGAUAAAGUAGCAGCAGCUGUAGAUUAGUUUCAAAAAAAUAACCUUUGUCUAUUGUUGCUUGUACUUUCUGCUUGUACCUUUGCCUAUUGCUGCUUGUAUGGAACACAGAGCGCCGUGCAGGGAUAGCUAGGGUCGUCCGUGCUUGCCGGUGACGCUGCUUUCAGCAGGGCCGCAGAGGAUUGGUGGCAGGCGCGCAUGCAUGCUGCCAAUGCAAGGGAUCGGAGAGCGGACGGCGGCGCCGGUCCUCUUUCUGCCGGCGACCGAUGAGGAAAAGCUACGACCCGACCGCGCCCCGUCGUUGUGGUGCGGCCGUUUCCGUGAAAGGGCGGUGCGGCCGGUGGCGAAAAGCAGCUGGGAGAGCAGGGGUGCGCCGGCUGCGGCCUGCGGGACUGCGGGUGCAGAGGUGCAGGUGCGGGUGCGGGUGCGGGUGCGGUGCGAGCCGCGCGCGCUGCGUUGUUGUUCUGCAUGCUGGGACCGGCCGGCCGGCACCGCGUCGCUGCAGAGGCAGAGCCCCUGCGCUGCGCGUGCUCGUCUCGUCUAGGCCUUGUUUACUUUAAAAAAAUUUUGCAACAACUAGGCUCAAAAAAUUCGUCUCGUCAA